AUGGAUCGUGAUCAGACUGUGUCGAUAAUAUCUAGCCAUCGAAUUCGAUUGAUCAAUUGUCUAAAGAAAAAUAUCUUACCUGGUAUAACACAGUUGUAUAAUAAGAAAUUUUUUGCUAUCAAAGACUGUCAACAGGUUAAAGGGGAAUCUACACCUGCGGCUCAAGCAAGUAAAAUUCUAGAUUUAGCUGUCAGCAAAUCCAAUAAGAAGCUAUCCAUCUUUAUCGAAGCAUUGCUGACAGUCUGUCCUGAAUUACAAGAGUUAUUUGCUACAAACCAAUCAGAUCAUGAUGGUAAUAUCCAUGAUCCCGAAGAUAGCCAGUCUAUCCUCCCAUGGCAGGGUAAUACCGAUAAUGACUCCAAAACUACAAGCCAGCAAGUAUCACCUAGAGAGAUAGAGGAUCAAAUAAAAGUCAUGAAUGUAAGAGGAGACAAUAAUCAGCAAGCAGAUAAUUCGAAAAGUAAUAUUAACUCCGAGAUCGAAUUAGAAAAGAAUCAUCAUAUUUUCAUUGCUGGUGGAAUUAAUGACGGGUACUUGUGUAAUCAUGUAGAAGUAUUUGAUUCUACUACAAUUUCAUGGACUACUCUCUACCCUAUGGAAGCAGGAUGUUAUGGUGCUAGUGGUGGUAUUCUAACUAAUAAAUUUAUUGUUUGUGGUGGAUUUGUUGAAACAGAUGGCUUAAGCAAUCGUACGCGCUAUUGCAAUUUAAAAACGAUGAAAUGGGAUACUUUAGAAUGCAUGAAAGAACCGAAGAAAUACAGCUGUUCUUGCGUAUGGAAUAAUCGACUGAUUAUUGUUGGAGGUUUAAAAGGGACCGAAGCAUUGAAGAAAGUUGAAGUUUAUUUCUAUAACUCUGGUGUCUGGAGUCGGACUUCCCUGCCAGCUAUGAUUUCAAGACGUUACGGAUCUGCUUGUGUCACCACCAAGAAUCACUUAGUUGUUGUUGGUGGACAAGGUGAGCAUGAUGGACUACCAUUAUCCAGUGUAGAAUCGUAUCAACUUAGUCAUAAAGCUUGGGAGAAACCACAAUGGAAAAUAUUAAAUAAAAUGUGUCAACCACGUACUUUUCCAGCUGCAGCAACGUGGCAUGAUUAUAUUAUUGUAGCUGGUGGUUUUGAUGGUGUACAAAAACUAGAUACUGUUGAAUGGUACGAUAUUAGAACUAACAAGUGGAAAUUAUUAACCAAAAUGCCGUCCCGCAGGGAUAAUUGCCAAGCUAAAGUUAUUGGUAAUUAUUAUAUUAUUAUUGGUGGCAAUGAUGGAAAACAUAAUUUAACCAAUGUCGAUGCAUUUGAUCUUGUUGAAAAGAAAUGGCAUCGUCUACCAGGGCUUCGAUUUGGUCGUUCAUCUUAUGCUUGUGGCGACUUACAUCUUCAAAUAUGA